AUGAGACCGCGGGGCCAUGCUCAUGGCCAGGAUGCCGAGAUCCAUGCGCAAUGGCAACGGCAUGUUUCGAGCUCGGAUGCCCGGGCAGCGGAACACAUCCCAAGCGAGGUCAUCGUCAUCAUCACUGUAGCCACGGGCUUCCCAGAUUCCCGUCGGACCGGCAAGCCGCACACGGCACCACCAAGUGAACGUCGACCACGCACGCGCGCACGCCAGCAGCAGCAGCAGCAGCAGCAGCGUUGCCAUGGCGUGUGCGGAAGGCCGGCGGCGCCACAGAUACAGACACAGCGCGCGUCGCGCCACUCGCCACUCUGCGUGGCUGCUGCUGCUGCGUGUGUCUUUCGCGUCCUGGUCCUCGUCCUGGUCCCGCGCAGAGGGCGCCGCGGCGUGCGUGCGCCCGUCCGCCCGGAGGAGAACCGCGCGGUGCGUGCGACGGCCGACGGUGCCGCGGCUUGGUACGCCCGCCCCCCUCCCCAAGCGGGGCUGGACGCCGUCGAGGUAGAUCCUAUUCCUGUCGACGCCGCGACGUUAGCUUCAUUCUCCGAUACCCAGCUACGGAGGCUUCGUCGAGAGGAGCCAGCCCGGACGGGCCGAGAAGCACGUUGGGGGCCAGGAAAGAGGGGGGGGGAGGACGGAGUCUGUGGUUGUGAAGGUUACGGCAACAGCAUCUCGUCGCUCCCCCUUAGCCCCUUGGGCACUGAGAACCUUCCUCCGUGGACCCUUGCUGGCGCGCAGGGCGAGCUCAGUGCGCCGAGAGGCCGGCGGGACCCUCCCGGUCAAGGCAGCCGCCCGCCGCCCCCGCCCACCGCGGACCCUUACCUUCCCUUUCCCUUGCCCCUUUCCCCCGCAUGUCAUCGUCAGCGCCGGGGGUCCCCGAUGUACUACAGCCCCGCUGCUAUGCGCGACCCAGCGGCUCUGGGAGCAGACGCAGAAAGGAGGAGAGGAGACCAGCGGAACCUUGGUCCACAUGCGCGCAGGACGCCUGGCCAGCCGAUGCGGGGCAGGCAGUCAUAUCAGCGUCCCGACGCGAGCCCUCCCUCGGACGAGGCCGCCAGACUCGCACCCUGUGCACAUAUAUGUAUAUACACACACACCAUGUAUGCCAUGACAGGGUCCAAGCCUAUCACCACCGCCAAGCACGGAGCCGCCUGGCGUCUGGGGUCUGGGGUCUGGGGUCUGGGCGAGGCUCGGACACUAGCACCGGCACCACCCCCGCGCAUGUGGCCAUCUGCAUGA